UCAUUUCCUUCUCGUUUCGAAAUUGAGCCGCUCAACCUCAUAAACACCCUUUCUCUUCUUCGGCCGGUAGUCCUUGUAUAAGUGACCAAGGAUAUCCACUGUUGACGUAUUUUGUAAUUUUUUGUAAUCCAUCUCGUCCAAUUAUCACAUCCAAAACACAAUCAAAGUGCUCGAUCGAACCAUGCGAUCUCGUCUCUAGAGCCUGCGUUUCGGUCAGCGGUGCCACGUGCGAAAGUGAAAUGAAUAUUUGGUUACGGUUACAAAAAUUCGAUUUUACUGAAACAGGAAGUAAACAACAAUUUUCGCUUGGGCUGGCACUUGAAGAGUGCCUGCUUCCAGCUACUGAAGUCAUAUUGCAGGAAACACUUCCACUUGCCGUUUUUUGAUGGAAAAGAGCAGAGUAUGUCUCUGCUUGGGAAAGAUCCGUGCGAAAACACUACAGCUCCAACGAACUUGUCCAUCUUCACGGCUUCAUGUUCAAUUUUAAUUACUAUCGUUUCGUCUGUUGGGAACUCUCUCGUGGUUCUUGCUGUGUUCUUGAAUCCUAACAGAGACAUGCGGACACCCUUUUACUACUUCGUAGUCAAUCUUAGUAUUGCGGAUCUUAUCGUUGGACUGAUAACAGGUUCUAUGUCUACGGUAUAUCACAUAUUUGCGGCAAUCGACGAGCCGAAGAAACUUUUUGGGACGGUGUUGAUUGUCGCAUUCUUUGUAUCUUGCACAGUGUCUCUGCUCAGCCUGACAGCCCUGGCGCUGGAGCGCUAUCUCGCCAUCGUACACCCUACGACUUAUCGAACUCAACUCAGCCCAGUCAGGGCGUUCUUGGUUUCCGUUUUGGUGUGGAUCUUGUCCAUUCUGCUCACGAUGAUCUACUUCUUUGUGCAGUACAACAUAUAUCGCUUCAUCUUUGCAAACACAGCUUUGGCUGUUACCAUCGUUGCGCUGAUUUUUACAAACGCAAAGAUUUUGAAGUAUUUGCGACACCAGAUGCAGCAAUGGGACACCUUCCACGAGAGUACAGAAGAGAACUUGAUUAUGAGACAGUUGAUGUGGGAAAAGAAAAUGACGAAAACACUGCUCAUUGUAAUGCUGUUGUUACUAGCUUUUUAUCUCCCAUCAUGUAUUUUUAUUUACAUCAUCAACCUGUGCAAAGAUUGUAAUUGUGUGUUUAUUCAUUGGAUCAGGGACACUCAGUUUCUUCUUGUAAUGGCCAAUUCAGCCGUGAAUCCAUUUGUGUUCCCCUGGAGGUUGGAAAAUUUUCGAAGUGCUUUUAGGAGCAUUGUGACAUGUCGCGCGCGUAGGAGCGACUCAGAUUAGGUCCAUGUCGGUUUUGAAUCACAAACAUUGUCAACCGCUGCGCACGUCAUGGGUCUUAAAACAGCUCUGAAAGAUGCAAUUUAUAGUUGAUACAGAAGACAUAAAGUAGACAGUCGAAAAAACUGAAAAGCAGAAUUUACGCAAGGUAGAUCAUAAGACGUAUGGCAGCCAGUCGGGGUCAAAAUAUGUAAAACACGGGACGUUUGUGUCUGAUGAUGACUGUCUGUGAAGUUGUGAAAAAUCAACAUCACGCACAGGUGCUGACUGACUAUCGGUUUAUUUCGGUUCAUAUCGAGGGACCUUUAGAUUUGAGCAGGUGUACGACGAUGUGGAAUUUUCAAUUCCAGUGCUCUUGCUUUCGAUCAUUACUCGUCACAUCUAUCUUGUACCGAUACAAUAUACUCUACUAGCUAUUUAACUGAAUAUCAGUGAUGUUUGUAAAAUAAGACGGUUAAUGAAGACGGAAUGAUUAAAUCCAUUGACCUUUCCCAGGUUUUUACUGCAUAAAACAUUUUGCUACCAGA